AUGACUCAACAUAGAGUUGCUUAUUUUUAUAAUCCAGAUGUAGGAAACUUUCAUUAUGGACCUGGACAUCCUAUGAAACCUCAUAGGUUAUCAGUAACUCAUAGUUUAGUGCUAAACUAUGGUUUACAUAAGAAGAUGCAGAUUUAUAGACCAUAUCGCGCGAAUGCACAUGACAUGUGCCGAUUUCAUAGUGAGGAUUAUAUUGAAUUUCUGCAAAAUGUAACUCCUCAAAAUAUUCAAACUUAUUCAAAGGAUUUGCUACACUACAAUGUGGGUGAUGACUGCCCAGUAUUUGAAGGUCUUUUCGACUUCUGCUCUAUGUAUACGGGAGCAUCUUUAGAAGGUGCUAUGAAAUUGAAUAACAAUGCUUGUGAUAUAGCUAUUAAUUGGUCUGGUGGUCUACAUCAUGCUAAGAAAUUUGAACCUUCAGGUUUUUGCUAUGUAAAUGACAUUGUGAUAGCAAUAUUGGAACUAUUGAAGUAUCACCCGAGAGUCUUAUACAUAGAUAUUGAUGUACACCAUGGAGAUGGUGUUCAAGAAGCUUUUUAUCUUACUGACAGAGUAAUGACAGUCAGUUUUCAUAAAUAUGGGAACUAUUUCUUUCCCGGGACAGGAGAUAUGUAUGAAAUUGGAGCGGAGAGUGGUAGAUAUUUCUCUGUGAAUGUACCUUUGAAAGAGGGUAUUGAUGACCAAAGCUACGUUCAGGUGUUCAAACCAGUAAUAUCCAAUGUAAUGGAGUUCUACCGUCCCACGGCGAUAGUGCUACAGUGCGGUGCGGACUCAUUAGCCGGAGACCGACUUGGUUGUUUUUCUCUAUCCACUCGUGGACAUGGAGAAUGUGUGAAGUUUGUGAAGAAUCUGAAUGUACCAACAUUAGUUGUUGGUGGUGGCGGCUAUACCCUAAGAAAUGUUGCACGAUGUUGGACAUAUGAAACGUCUUUACUAGUAGAUGAGAACAUAUCCAAUGAGCUUCCAUACACAGAGUAUCUUGAGUUCUUCGCACCAGACUUCCAGUUACAUCCGGAAAUUAGCAGUACUUCGAACGCGAAUAGCAAACAGUACUUGGAAGCGAUAACGAAACAUGUCUACGACAAUCUAAAGAUGUGUCAACACUCACCAGCUGUACAAAUGACUCACAUUCCAGGUGACUUCUUGCCAGAAGAAUAUAGGAUAAAAGAAGAGCCUGAUCCAGACAUAAGAAUCAGUCAAGAAGAGUCCGAUAAAAUGGUAGAGCCCAAAAAUGAAUUUUUCGAAGACGAAAAAGACAACGAUAAAGAAUCUGUGCCAGAGGUAAAGGAAGCA